AUGUCUCAGGCUCAGGCUCAGGACCUUGGCUUGGAGGAGGAGGCCCCUUACUACGCACCUCCGGCCGAUUUGCCUGCGCCCCUCCCGACGACAGACGAGAUCAAAAACGCCACCGACAUCAUUGCCGACGACAAUGGGCAUCCAAAAGUGGUCUGCGUCGGGCCUUAUGUCAUCAAGUACGGCCGCGGCGUGGACCUCUACGAAGGCAAGAACAUGAUGUUCGUCGAACAGGCUACUACCACCGGCGCGGUACGACUACCCCGAGUGUAUGCUUUCUUCGAGGACGCCGCCGACGAGUGCACCUACAUCAUCAUGGAGAAGAUCCAAGGACAAACCCUGAAAGCCCUCUGGCCGAGUCUGGACGAUGCGCGCAAGGAUCGAAUCUGCCGACAGAUCAAGGCGUCCGUCACCGAGCUGCGCGCCAUGCCGUCCCCCACCGGUGGUUACUGCGCCCCGGGUAACCGACCUCUCCGCGUCGGCUUGUAUCCCGACGUGGGCCCAGUGGACACUGAAGCAGAAUUCAACGAUGCCCUGCUUGAGCACUUCUUGCGCACAAAGGGUGGGUACAAAGCGCUAGACCCCUCCGAUCCCAUGUUCGCCAUGCUCGCGAGACACCUUCCCACUCUUGACGAAAGCUUGAAGAAACACUCGUGGGCCGCGAAUUGGUUCCGUCGACAAUUCUCUGCUGUCUUUCGAGAUCAUCCGCCUACAUUCGCCCACGGAGAUUUGAAGCCCGAGAACAUCAUGGUUGAUCCGCAAAACAAUGACAUGGUGACUCUCAUUGAUUGGCGGAAGGCUGGGUGGUACCCCUCCUACUGGGAGUAUUUCCCGGCUGUCAUGGGGUGCACCAACUUCUACAACACCGACUGGGAUGAAUGGCUGGACCGCGUUCUUGUACCUUACCCAAACGAGUAUGUCUGGCAGAUGUUUCUCUGGUGCAACAUGUACAAUUGA